AUGAAUGCUUUGCGCAAUCGUCACUGGUCCAGGAUGAGCCAGCUCGCCCCCAUCUUCGGUGUCUUCAUCGCUAAAGAGGACGACAAGGACGCAAGCGAGAUCUCCCUUGGUGGCCGUGUCCUGGGCCGGUACCUCGACCACGGGUUUGCUUCCCAGGUCAUCAUGGCGAAGCAACUCCUGGCCACAGCCACAAGGGUCGCUGUGCUCAUCCUGCAACAAGUCAGCAUUAUCACAACAUCUUCUCUCAGCUUCGAUGCAACAUGUGAAAUGGGCGGAUGUUCGCUGAGUUCUCUCAACUUCGUGGAAUCUGCUGAAAGCUCGGGGGUCGGCGAUGCGACUCUCGGCCAGAUGAAGCCCAGCAUUGCCCGACAGCAGAGCGCAGUGCGCAGCGUGCAUGUGACUUCUUUCCUGGCGCUCCCUCCGCUCGGCAAAGGCACCCUUCCCAAGAGGGUUGAGCGGCCCAUUCCCGGCACCGCCGGCACCGGCACCGCACCAGAUCUCGCCUCGGCCCUUGCAGCCCUCAAGGCCGCCAAAGAGGCCAAAGAGGCCACGGUGCCUUCGGAAGCGCCGGCUGAGUCGAGUAAGACCUCUGCGCCUGUCAAGAUCCUGGAUCAAAGCUGCGACGGCAGCCAGCACACCCCGGAUUUGGCAGGAGAACUUGCAGCGCUCUUGGCAAAGAAAAACCAGGAAAAUGCGACACAGGCUUUGGCAAAGCCAUCUGCCGAUCACUUGCAUACCGUCCGUCUUAUCAAGCAGUACGUCCCAAUCGAAAAGAAUGGCACUGUUGUGGCAUACAAGACUGCAUAUUUCGGGAAGAUCCAUGUGGGCAGUCCGCAGCCGCAGAACUUCACGGUCGUGUUUGAUACGGGCUCUGCUCACUUGGUCAUACCGAACAGCGCCUGUCAGCGAGAUACAUGCCUCAAACACAACAGAUACAACGAGUCUAUGUCGGAAAGUGCGGUGCCCAUAGAGCACGAUGGCACUGUUUUGCCAAAGGGAGGUAUUUCUCAGCACUCCGUGAGCAUUACCUUCGGCACAGGUAAGGUCUCAGGGACGUUUGUGAAAGACAAGGCAUGCCUCGGAGCCGCGGAUUCGGAAAACCCAGGCUGUGCCACGGUGAACAUGGUUGUUGCCAAUGACAUGAGUGACCAACCUUUUAGCUUGUUUCACUUUGAUGGCAUCCUGGGGCUGGGCUUGGAAGCUCUUUCUCUCGGGCCUGGCUUCAGCUUCUUCGGGCAAAUGGCCGCCGAGCUGCCGAUGCAAUCCCGAUUUUCGGUCUUUCUUGCCCGCAGUGAUCAGGGCCAGAGCAGCAUCUCCUUCGGAGGUCACGAUGAGAGCAAAGCCGCUUCAGGCUUCUCCUGGGUACCCGUGGCCAAGCCGGAGUUGGGCUACUGGCAGGUGCAAGUAUAUCAGGUGAGGAUUGGUGAUGAAGUCCUGGAUGAGUGCGCAGACGGAGGCUGUCGUGCCAUCCUGGAUACGGGCACAUCGCUGCUCGGAGCCCCGCGACAGGCAAUCAAGACACUCCAUUCGCUGCUGUCUCGAAAUGUCCUAGUUGCUCCACAGGGCAUCGGCAACGGGGAAGGCUUCGUCACGCAAGAGAUGGCAGACCAAGCACUGGCAAGAGAUUGCAGAGAGCAGGAGGGCGCUCUUCUGACUUUCGACUUGGGACCGGAGGUUCCCGGAAUCGCCUUGGAUCCGGAGGACUACUUUCGACCAAAGCCUUUCAAUAUGACUGUGCCUGAGGCUCCGGAUGCCUGGAAGCUGACCUGUCGGUCGCUUCUGCUGCCUCUGGAUCUAAAGGAACCUCUUGGCCCCCGAACCUUCAUCCUGGGCGAGCCGGUUCUCAGGAGCAGCCAGCUGACUGGGCCUCACGCCGAGUCGGCUUUGCAAAAGCUGACCAUAGUCAAGAUGGUGAAGUCGAGGAACGAGACUGUGGACAUAUGCGAUACCGGCGACUGCACUGCAAUUGCAGACACAGGGACAUCUCUCAUAGGUGUGCCAAAGGCCUAUGUCCAGAAGAUGCAUUGGCUCUUGGCGCGACGGGUUGACGAUGACAAAGUGCCGCCGGCAGACUCCUCGGAGUAUUUUGACUGCCGGAACCAGCAAGGGCCGGACAUCGUCUUUGACCUCGGUGACGGGCUAGAGCUUACCGUUGGCGCAGAGGAAUACUCCCGUCCAGCAGCCCUCCGUGUUAUCACGAAUGCCACUGGCGAGGCCGAGAAGGGACUGUUGAGCAAGUAUGUGGACGUGGAAGAUGAAGAUGCCAGGAGGAGCUAA